AUGGAACAAGUAACUUAUGGGGAUGAUACUAGUGACGUACGUCAUGGUCGACUUCACGACGAUCUCCAGGAAGCUCAUGAUGUUGGUUCGUUUGAGAUCUCUAUGGCUGACGUUGAGCAACCUGAGGGCGAGCCCCAGGGUCGUAUUGUCAAGUAUUGUGGCGAGCAAGAACCGAUGGCUGACACAACAUUGCUCACAGUUUGCACUCUACCCCCCGAGUACUGCGAGUAUGGCGGAACCGUUAAGAAGUGCCAGGAAUGGCUAGAAAAGAACGAACCAGAGCUUUACAACAGGAUCUGGUCCGCAGAGGCCCUCGAGGCUGCUACCGCAUCACUAUCCGUCGAGGCCCAGAAACGAGCCGCAAAGGACGCACAGAAGAAGACCGCUAAGGCUGAAGCCGCUGAGGCAAAACACGCCGAUCUGUUAGCCAAGAGUGUUGUCACUAUCAAGCGCAUUGAGCGAAACAAGAAGAAGUUUGUCACGGCCGUGAUAGGACUCGAAUCAUUUGACUUGGAACUCAAGAAGGUCGCCAAAGAUCUUGGCAAGAAGUUUGCUACAGGCUCUUCAGUGACUAAGCUCCCCGGUGGCGGAGAAGAAAUUGUUGUGCAGGGUGAUGUUAGCGUUGAGUUGGAAGAGUUCCUGCUUGAGAAGUACAAGCAGAUCCCCGAGGAUCAUAUUGAACUUGUCGAAGACAAGAAGAAGAAGAAGGGCGGUUCAUAAGUUUGGGAGAUACCAAAAGGCAUUCGUGAUUGAAAAUUCCAGAGUGUAUUUUUGGAAACACUCGCGCUCCUGUGUUUCUCAUGGGCAUAUACAGUUUCAAAAGAAAAUCAUAAAGUAACAUGGAGCAUUCCAGUGCACCUCCAUGCGCUUCGAUCCUGAACUCCUAUCCCGUGAUCCUGUA